AUGGAACUACUACGACUGGAGUUGUCAUUGAAAGCAUGCAACUAUGACUUCAUCAAUGUCUACAGUGGACCGCAGCACAAUCAGCAGAAGAUUGGGACAUUUUGUGGCAACACGCUCCCAGCUCCAAUCACUUCUCAUACGAACGAAUUAAAUAUUGAAUUUUACACUGACGGCUCUGUUCAGCGAACUGGAUUCAGGGCUGUCUUCUUCACGGACCUUGAUGAAUGUGCGGAUAAUAAUGGCGGCUGUCAACACAUUUGUCGAAAUACCAUCGGAUCAUACUACUGUGAGUGCAGACCAGGCUACAAGGUGUAUGGCAGAUUCAACUGCAAGGAAAGUGAGUACUCCCGCUUUGUCCUUUUCUGA